AUGAGCACUCUUCCAGAGACCUGUGACCAGGAGCUGAGAAUAGGUGCAAAGAAAGAACGAUGCCUUCAGGGGAAAAGCCUACUUCUGUGUACACUUCUUCUCAGUACUCUCCUUGGCUUUACACUACUUAUCACCUACAUCAUGAUGACUUGUGGUCUAGGAUCCUGUGAUGCCGAGCUGGGUCUAACACUGUUGGCCAGACUCCUGAAUUCUAGGAAUGACACUGUAGACCCCUGUGACGAUUUCUACAAAUAUGCCUGUGGCAGCUGGGAAGGUGAACACUCAAGCAGAACCACAGAAGAAUCACUAAAUGUAUUUGAUGUAUUGUUGGAAGAAAACCAGUUGAUCCUGAAAAGGCUUUUAGAGAGCCCACAGUUUGGAGUAAGAGGCUCAGCUACAGAAAAAGCAAUCCAGUUCUAUCGCUCCUGCAUGGAUACCCAACGGAUAGAAUCCCAAGGAACUCAACCAUUGAAGGACCUCCUAAAUCAGGUUGGUGGAUGGAAUAUCACGGGUGUGGGGAAAGCAAAAGAUUUUAAUGAAACUCUUCAGACUCUCAUGAGCAGAUACAGCACCUUUCCCUUUUUCAGAGUGCAUGUGGGACCUAGUCCGUUUGACCUCAAGGCCAAUAUUAUUCAGAUUGACCAUCCUGAGUUUGAGAUGCCACUUGAGAGUAAAUUCAAAGAUAAAAAUUAUCUUGAGGUUCUCCGUGUGUAUCUCUCAUAUUUGAAGAAACUGGGGGACCUACUUGGAGGGCCACAAGAUGGUUCCCUUGAUUCCUUUUCUCUUACCUUGUCCUUCAUCUCUAACCUCCAGCGAGUUGUCACCCCACUGCAAGAAAGACGGCAGAGGGGGAUGCUGUUCUUUCGCACUACCAUUAGGGAGCUACAGGAAAAGGCACCUGCUAUUGACUGGCUGUCAUGUCUCCAAGCUGUCUUCCAUCCUAUGCCAAUGAACCUCUCUCAGCCAAUUGCAGUGCAUGACAUGGAUUAUUUAAGAGGCAUGUCACAGCUCAUCGAACAAUGGCACAAGGAAAGGGUCCUUCAUAUUUAUAUGAUUGUUUGUCUGGUUGGGAAUCUCUCCCCAGCCCUUGACAGUCGAUUCCAAGAUGCACGCCUGGAGCUAUCUAAGAUUCUUUAUGGAAAAAAGGGAUCUAGAAUGAUCCCAGCUGAGCGCUGGAGGAAGUGCUUGACUGAUACCAGCUCUUUCUUUGAACCAGUUCUAGGGCAGAUGAUUGUGCAAGAAAUUUUCCCUCAGCAGACCAAGACACUUGCUGAGCAGAUGUUCUCUGAGAUCCAAGAUGCCCUCUAUGGCCAACUGGAUCAGUUGGAGUGGAUGGAUGAACAGACUCGCCAAGAGGCUAAAGUCUUGGUUUCCAAACUACAAGUGGAGAUUGGCUAUCCAGCUCACAUACUCCAGACUGCCAAAGUGAACCUGGAAUACCAGAAUUUGGAGAUAAAUGAAGACACUUUUUUCCUCAAUGUGGUGGCUUGCUUGAAAGUACUGAGGGAAAAUUCCUACUUGAAACUCCUUCAGCAUCACUCACAGGAUAACUGGCAUGUAUCCCCCUGGGCUGUGCAUUCAUACUACUCAAUGAGGCACCACAUGGUGGUCUUUCCUGCUGGAAUGUUCCGCAGCCCUUUUUUCCACAUGGAGUUUCCCAGUGCUGUGAACUUUGGAGCCAUUGGCGUCUUCAUGGCACAUGAACUUCUUCACACGUUCUAUGGUUAUGUGCUGCCUGGGGGCUGUCCUUCAUGCAACAGGAGUGCACUACAGAAAUCUAUAGACUGCUUGGUUGAACAGUAUGAAAGCUAUGACUUUAAGGUCAAUGGUACUUUUACACUGUUGGAGAAUACAGCUGACACUGGAGGCCUCGCCAUUGCUUACCAGGCCUAUAAGAAUUGGCUGAAAAAGCACAAAGAGAAGGAUUUACCUAAGACUGGACUUUCACACGAUCAGCUUUUCUACCUCAGUUUUGCUCAUGCAAUGUGUGGACACCAGGAUCCUGAGAAACUGCAGUCUUCCCUGAACACAGAUCCGCACAGUCCCUUGCCACUUCGUGUCUCUGGGCCUGUCAGCAAUAGCCAGGACUUUGCCAAGCACUUCCACUGUUCCAGUGGAUCCCCAAUGAACCCAGACAACAAGUGCCACAUCUGGUAA